AAAGCCAGACUCAGAGAGUGAGGACUGUUCCCAAAGGCAGUUGCUGCUAACCCUGUAACCCAAAGGAGGAAAUAGUUGGCUAAACCCAGCCUCAGUACUGGUGGCCAUCAUGUCCUUGAAGAUUCAGACAAGCAAUGUAACCAACAAGAAUGACCCUAAGUCCAUCAACUCUCGGGUCUUCAUUGGAAACCUCAACACAGUUGUGGUUAAGAAGUCUGAUGUGGAGACUAUCUUCUCCACUUAUGGCCGUGUGGCCAGCUGUUCGGUGCACAAGGGCUAUGCCUUUGUCCAGUAUGCCAAUGAGCACCAUGCCCGGGCAGCUGUGCUGGGAGAGAAUGGGAGGGUACUGGUUGGGCAGACCCUGGAUAUCAACAUGGCUGGAGAACCUAAGCCCAACAGACCCAAAGGGCUAAAGAGAGCAACAUCUACCAUAUACAGGCUUUUUGACUACCAUGGCCGCCUGUCACCUGUGCCAGUACCCAGGGCAGUCCCUGUGAAGCAACCCCGGGUCACAGUCCCUUUGGUUCGUCAUGUCAAAACUACCAUACCUGCCAAGCUCUUUGCUCGCUCUACAGUCAUCACCACCAGCUCAACCGAGAUCAAGUUAAAGAGCAGUGAGCUGCAGACCAUCAAGACAGAGCUGACGCAGAUCAAGUCCAACAUCGAUGCCCUAUCGGGCUGCUUGGAGCAAAUUGCUGAGGAGCAAAAGGCCAAUCCAGAUGGCAAGAAGAACGGCAGCAGUGGUGGCGGUGGUGGUGGUGGCAGUAGCAGUGGCAAUAGUGGCAGCAGCAGCCAACCACCAGCCCCCCAAGAGGACCCAGUUUCUGAGGCAGGCACGCCCCAGGGAGAAACCCAGACUCGAGGUGAUGGUGAUGAGGAGGGCCUGCUGACACCUAGCGAGGAAGAACUGGAGCACAGCUAGGACACAGAUGCGGAGGAUGGGGUCUUGCAGUAAGCAGCCUGACAGGAGCAGCCGCCACCAACAGAAGGGCAUCAGUGUCCCAGACCUCAAGCUGGGCACCCACCCCUGGAUGCCAGCCUGUAGUGGGUGCCAGAGAAAAGCUGGCAGCAGGCACUCCUCCGCCACCCCCACAUCCCA